AUGAAAAAUGAAUAUCGGGAACGAUUAGUUGAAUUGAAAAAAUAUUUGGAAGAAGGACAAGGCUCGAAACUAAGUGGAAAUACUGAACUCGUUCAAUAUUUUGCAUUACCUUAUGUUAAUGAACCCAGUAGACAUCCUUUAUAUAAACAGUUGUUGCAGGUUAAACAUCUUUUUUAUAUUUCUUUUUAA